CUCGGCGCAAGGCGUUCCUGCUGGAAGUUGCGCACUGAAGUUGCAACGCAUUUGCAACUUGCACCUGCAGAAGGAGAACUGCAAGAGAAGCAUGGCAGGAAAGAGGGCGUUAGUGAUUCUCGCUGAAGGCGCAGAGGAGAUGGAAACUGUUAUUCCGGUGGACGUCAUGCGCAGAGCCGGGAUAGCAGUGACUGUUGCAGGUCUGAAGGGGAAAGAGCCUGUCCAUUGCAGCAGAAACGUUGCCAUUUGCCCUGAUGCCAGUUUGGAGGAAGCCAGCAAACAGGGCCCUUAUGAUGUGGUCCUUCUUCCAGGAGGAAUGCCGGGGGCCAAGCAUCUGGCAGAGUCUCCUGCUGUGAAGGCGGUGUUAACGGAUCAAGAUGGCAGAAAAGGCCUGAUUGCAGCCAUCUGUGCAGGUCCCACUGCUCUUCUGGCACAUGGCAUUGGCUACGGCAGCACAGUCACUACGCACCCUGGCAUGAAGGAGAAAAUGAUGGCUGGAGACCACUAUAAAUAUUCAGAGGCUCGAGUACAGAAGGAUGGACAUUACAUCACCAGCCGUGGGCCAGGAACAAGUUUUGAGUUUGCCCUGACAGUCGUAGAGGAACUCAUGGGGGCCGAGGUUGCUGCUCAAGUCAAGGCCCCCCUUGUUCUGAAAGAUUGACUGUAGCCUACUUGAAAUCCUGCAACGCCCUGCUCUACUGUUGUUGAAUUACUGAACACAAUUCAUUCAUGUAAUUGAAACUGAGAGUAAAUGAUUCUCAGCAGAUGCUUUGGAUCCUCUUGUUCUCACAGGUUGUCUUCCUUUGUCUUAGUUGCCAUUCACUUUAACACUGAAAUACAAUAUGGAUAACUAUUAAACAUGCUUUCCAAAUGUUAGACAGAAUAUAGAUAUGAUUGUGCUUUCUGUAUGAUUAUUGACUCUUUGUUCUGAGAGUUUAAAUUUUGCCUCCAGUUAUUAAAGCUUUAUUGCUGCAAA